AUGCCGCGUGCCAUCCGCCAAAACAUUCGAGAAUGGGAAUCUUAUAAAGCGGAAGAAACUCCUCAAAUAGCGGCAACUAAAAUCAUUACAAUUCUAACCAAAGGAGCACAGCAGGCAACAAUAUCCGGGACACUACACAUUCGUUAUACCGAGGAGAAGCCUAUAUUUGCCAAAAAGAUCGAGGUCAGUUUCGUUGGUAAAGAAUACGUCUUCUUCCGAGGAACCGUGUUAGAAAGUCGAAGAACCGAAGAUGACGAAGUUUUGAAUGAUGAAGAUCCAGGUGCCGAAAUUUCAGAAGAUGGCUCCUACGAAGGGGUGAAAAGCUUAGACCUGCCUUUCACAUUCAAGCUUCCAGAUAAUCUCCCGCCCUCGGUAUGCAUGGACAAAGGUUGUGGAAGAAUUUACUACACGCUAAAAGCAGUCAUUUCUCGUCAACCAAUAAACCCAGACAGCAACAAGCGUAAGAAAGUGAUUAAACUGGUCGUUCCCAUCGUUCGCCACACCAUCACACCACCACCAACUCCUUGUCGCUGGCUCGUGAAGAAAGAGGGGCCGGCCAUAACUCAUGCUGUGUGCUAUGACGUUUCAUUGGAUCGUGUAACUUUCCGCCCCGGAGAUACCGUAACAGUUCCGAUAAAAUUGCACCUUCGCGAAUCUUAUGCCUACCUUAAGGAAAUAUUUGUUGGGAUCAAGGAGUAUCACGAGUUGCGUACAAAUGAGUAUGAAACGACGACGAAGAAAUACAUAGUAGACAAGACCAUUAGUGCCGAAUCCAUUCCGAUAGCGGAUGGUCCGGAUAAUGAAAUGUCGGUGAACGUCAAAUUUGAAAUUCCUCACCAAAGGAAUUUAGUCUACAACGUGGAUACAACAUAUCUGACGGUGACACACAAGUUUAAGGUAAAACUUAGACUCGGUCAAGUUCCUGACAUACAUCUGAGAAAGGCCAUAAAUGUUGAGAACAUUGUAUCCAGCGAAGAAGUGCCCAUACUAUUACCUCCAAGAGUCAAAACUAUCGAGAGUAUCAAACCAUUGGUCUCAUUACCUCGCCUACCGGACAAAAAGGACAAACGGGUCUCACCUUUUCUUCCAUUCUUCAGCAAAAUCCAUACCCUCGAUCCCGUUACACGAAAGCGUAUUUCUAUUCAACUUCUUCAAAUUGUUGAUUCCAAGAAUCCCAAUUUAGUUUAUAACUCACGAUCGCUCGCGGUUUCCCGUUGA